UCUUUCACCACUUCGAAUCGCGCCUAUUCCUAACGCGAUGAGUACGUCAUCAAAUGGUUCACCGGUUACUACGAAUAGUAGUGAUACUGGUAGCAUGCUAGGUGAACAAGUCCCACAACAACAAAUUUUACGUCAAAAUAAAGGUCUUAGACAUUUCAGCAAACAAGUUUGUGAUAAAGUAGAACUUAAAGGCGUUACUACCUAUAACGAGGUUGCAGAUGAAUUGUCUGAAGAUUUUGCAGCUCAUAUGCAAGAGCAUGGUGGGCAAAAAGUAGAUCAAAAAAAUAUACGACGUAGAGUAUAUGACGCAUUAAAUGUAUUAAUGGCAAUGGAUAUUAUCGCGAAAGAUAAAAAAGAGAUCAGAUG